AUGGACAACCUCUUACCAGCAGCUUGGCCAUACCUAAUGACAGUUUAUAAUACCAAGGAAGACGCCGAUGUUGCAUGGGGAAUUAUGGUCUCGUCACGAAUAUACGGUCUUGCGUUCGGAUGUUUCGCUUCUAUAUUCUUAUCCAGACGGCACGAUCACAAAUUCCCUGUGAUGUUGGGAAGUGUACUGGACCUUGUUGGAAUUCUUCUGACGUUAUUCACGGUGAACGUCAAAUUUGGCAUGGUGGCAGCGACUAUUGGCCGGUUCAUCAACGGGUGCGGGCAAGGUAUUGUGCAGACCUCCGGAUCAGUCAUGCUUACCGAGUUGCCGCCACAAAAGCGUGGCAUCGCCCUGGCCACCUUGACUGUUUGGGCCUGUCUUGGUGAACUGGCUGGGAUGGUGAUCUCGCUGGAGGAACUGCUAGGACGUCCGUCAACUUGGCAUGUGGCUAUGGGCUUUCCACUUAUUUUUCUUAUACCUGCUCUCUGCAUUCUUGCACGAGCACCUCAAAGUCCUCGAUUCCUAAUUCUAGAAAAUCGUGAAGAAGAAGCAAGAAAAUCGAUGUUAUUCUACCAGGUUGUGGAAAGAAUUGACGAAAACGGUAAUGCCAAGAAGGAGGAGAAACCCGUGCCAACAGAACCGCAACUGUCAGCGCUUGCUAUGACUAAGGAAAGAUUCAAAACCAAACAUGUUCUUUUGCAGAGCGGCCAGUUCGUAAGGCCUCUUUUCUUGGCCUUAUUUGUGCAGAGCUUCGUUCAUCUUGAUGAUUGGCUCUGGAUCUCAUACUCAACUCAUAUUUUUGGCAAAUAUGGUAUGCCAUCGGGUAUGGCGCAACGCGCAUCACUGCUGAUGUCGUUGCCUCAAGCUGUAAUCAGUAUUGGCCUUCUAGCGUGCUUUGAAAGCUUCAAUAGAAGAUUUCUAUUGUUAGUUCCAACUAUCAUGAGCAUUUUCAUUGGCAUAUUUGCUAUACUUGCUAUUAAUUUUGGAAGUGUUUCGCUUGGUCUACCAUUAGGAGCGACUUUGGCUAUACUGGCUUCAGUGGAUCUCUCAGCUGCAGCUGUAUGCGGUGAAAGUGCCUAUACAAUUGUCCCCGAAUUAUUUCUCCCAAAUGAUAAAAUACUUGGUACUGCUAUCGUUGGCAUUGCUCAGGUAGGCUCCUGGAGCAUUUUGUACCCGUUUUGUUACGAUUCUGAGGUUUUUUUGUUCUCUCAUUUCUCGAGUCAAAUAUUAGGUUGGGUCAUAAGUCCUCGGGCAAAGUUAUAG